AUGGAGCUCAAGCUUGUCUAUCGCAGUCUUCGCCAAAUCUCGGACUGGGCGCUGCGCUUCUACUCCGAUGUAUAUGUUGAGGGAGAAGAGAACGUUCCCGAGCAUGGUCCUCUCAUAAUAACGUCAUGCCACCACAACGAAAUCCUUGACGUUGCAACUCUAUCGAUAUCCAUCCCGCACGGACGGCCCGUCUGCAUAUGGGGCAAGUCGACGCUGUUCAAGAACCCGAUCGUGCGCCAAGUCCUCCUCUCCUCAGGGGCGAUCCCCGUGGCGCGCAACCCGAACGCGACUCCCCCCUCCGAGUCCGCGACCCCCUCCGACCGCGGCAAUCCCCCGCACUCGCACGCGAACGACGCGCUCUUCCGCGACACCUUCAAGGCCCUCGAGCGCGGGGAGGCUAUCGGCGUUUUCCCCGAGGGCACGAGCUACACCGAGCCGGGCAUCGCGCAGGUCAAGGACGGCGCGAGCCGCGCGGCGCUGGGGUACGUCAAGUGGGUGCGGGAGGGGAAGGGCAAGGGAAAGAAGCUGCUUAUUGUGCCGGUGGGGAUUGUGUACACGGACAAGUCGCAGUACCAAAGCGCGGUUCGCGUCGGAUGGGGCAAACCUCUAGACGUGGCGGCUUUUGUUGAGGAUGUUCGCGAGAAGAGUGGAGACGAGAAUGAGGAGGAGGACUCACGUGAGGUUACCAAAGCGUUGUCCGCGGAGAUUGAGAAGAGGAUGCUGGCUUUGACAAUCAAUGCCCCAGACUGGGACACGCUAUUCGCGGCUGAAAUGGCUCGCGACAUUUUGUGGGCCUCCGAGCCUCUGCAGCCGCAGGAGUUUGUGCCCGUUUCUCAAAACUUGAUCACCCUGUUCUCCGACAAGAAUGCAGCACCCUCGCAAGUCAAGGCUCGUCAGGCCCUCCUCAAAUAUCAUGCGCUGCUUGAAUACACGAACAUGUCUCAUGCCUCACUCAUUGACCUGCUCCCUGACAUCUCCAUGCGUCCAGUGGCCAGCAGUGCCAUGCUGCUCGUCGUCCAUCAAGUCCUCCGAACAGUGCUCCACCCCCGAUUCGUGCUUUUCCUUCCUGUCCUCCCUCUACACAUACCCGCGUACGUUACGGGCCUCGUCGCCAGUCGAGUUUUAUCAACACCAGGAGAGGAGGAAACUCGCGCCCAGUUCAAGGCGGUCUUUGGUGGGCUCGCGGCCACUGCGGUGUAUGCUUCCCUUACCCGCGUCAUCGUCAGUCGAGUUGUCGCGAACCUCUCCCGCGCACAUAUCGAUGUCCCCGAAGCAUUUUCUCCUCUGUUUGACAUUUUGGUGAAGGGCGGGCGAUGGUUCUUCGUAGACCAGGGACAGUUCCCCAAAGUCAGGUCGACAGCUGGGUUCUUCGGCUCGUUCUAUAUCACAGCAUAUGUGGUGUCUCACUGGCACAAUUACUUCGUUAAAUCGAACUACGCUCAGUUCAAGCGGCUUGUGGCCUCCGUCAAGCUCUGUCUUGGUGCCCUAUCACCCGCUUCCGGUUCCCUCAAGGGUGCAGCUCUUGCGCCUUACACCACGAACGAGAUCCCACCACCCAACCCGUACAUCCGCCGCCGCGAAGGACAGACAGCUCCCGUUCACAUACCCCCCGCGCCGCCGGUGCCCUCACGGGUCCUCAUCCGACCACUGCUAGACGCGCGCAUGGAUGCAACUCGGGCGAUGUGGUCUUUCCUCGCAGACUCAAAGUACCUCAAUGGUCUGGUGACCGCGAAGAUGAAGGGUGAGGCGUGGAUGCAGGUCGGACCCGUGAAGCGUUGA